GCAGGGGCCCGUGGCUGACGGAACGAGCGGUGCGUGCUCAGGCGGGCCGCGGGCUGCUGGUAAAUCAUCAAUCCACGUCCUCGUCAAAAGAGGUUAAAGUUCAGCCAGGUUAUCAAAGGACUUUCAGCCAAACAAUGAAUCCGUUUCUGGAUCUGCUCCUGUUCCUGGCUACGCUCAUCUACUCCUACUUGGAGGCUUUUGUGAAGCUUUUUGUCCCCGUGAAGAGAAAGUCUGUCAGUGGAGAGCUUGUUCUCAUCACGGGUGCUGGCCAUGGCAUAGGGAGAGCGACUGCCUUCGAGUUCGCCAAGCGUCAAAGCAGACUGGUUCUGUGGGACAUCAAUAAGCAUGGCGUUGAGGACACGGCAGCAGAAUGCGAAAGGCUGGGAGCCACUGUUCAAGCCUUCGUGGUGGACUGCAGCAAAAGGGAGGAAAUCUGCAGCGCUGCAGAGAAGGUGAAGAAGGACAUUGGGGAUGUCUCCAUCCUGGUGAAUAACGCCGGUGUGAUUACAGCUGCCGACCUGCUCUCGACUCAGGACCACCAGAUUGAAAGGAUGUUUGAAGUCAACAUUCUUGCUCACCUCUGGACCACAAGAGCUUUUCUGCCAACCAUGAUGAACAACAACCACGGUCACAUAGUCACGGUGGCUUCGGCAGCAGGUCACUUUGUGACUUCUUUCAUGGUGGCUUAUUGUUCAAGCAAGUUUGCUGCCGUUGGAUUUCAUAAAGCUCUGACAGAGGAGCUGUCUACCCUGGGAAAGGACGGAAUAAAAACUACGUGUCUUUGUCCAAUUUUUAUAAACACCGGAUUUGUCAAAAACCCCAGUACAAGGCUUGGAAAGGUUUUGGAGAUUGAAGAAGUUGUAGAGGCCCUGAUGGAAGGAAUACUGACCAAUCAGAAAAUGAUUUUUGUUCCAUCACAUCUAAGCAUUGCUUUACUAACUGAAAUGUUGUUUCCAGAACGUGCCUUGGCUGUUCUGAAAAAGCUGACUGAUACCAAGUUUGAUGCAGUUGUUGGGCAAAAAAGCACUCAGUGAAAAGCAAAAAUUGAUUCUCACUUCCCAGCGGCAUGAGUGAAAACAGAACAUGUGCUGAGCGUAGUUCAGCUGGUUUGAUUCGGAGCAGAACUAAGACAGAUGCUUCCAGGCCACCAUCUCCAAGCGCACCUAAGGGUUUAUCUCACACCUGCAGCAGGGGCAUACCUGCAUAACAUGGAGUGUCAACAAAGCAGAGAUGCAGCUCUACAAGUCUAAAGGGCUGCUUUUGCUGUAUGUUGCAUUGCCUCUAUCUCCUAGUGCUGAGGCAGAAAGGAAUUCCUGCAAAGCCCAUCUUUGGGACAGCACAGCUGCCUACUUGAGUGCAAAGGGAUUGCCUGAGAAUAUGUUAAUCUGGACUCAUUCCUGAGCAAAAGUAUCUUGCAAGAAGCCAUUUAUAGGAGGUGGGUGGCCUGUUUCACCUUAGUUUAUCUUUUUCAAUUUAAAAAAAUGUGCUCUAAUAAACACUCACAGUUUUGUGUGCUUUUCUAGUGAGUACCUGAAAUAAUACAGCCUUGUUUCUAAUGUAAUACCCAAUUACAUCAAUUGUCAGUUAUGCAUUAGCACCAUCAACAUGCCUUAUUCUAAAUAAAUACAGUUCUCUAACCCAAA